UUCCAAACAGCAAGAAAAACACGAAUCCCAGACGGCGGCAUCAACAUGGUGGACAUUAACCUGGAGUGUGUGCACUUUAUAGAGCCGAAGACCACCCGAUCUACUGAGCAGCAGCAACAGAAUGUGAAAAACGCCUAUCUCGAGGCAGUGCGCAUUUUGUUGGUUUUGCUGGAGAACGUUCUCUCCCAGCCGAACAACACAAAGUUCCGGACAAUACGGCUGGAUAACAAGGCCAUCAAAGAGAAGCUGCUCUCCCUACCGGGCUGCGAGAAGCUGCUCUAUGCCAUCGGCUUCAGACACACCCCCAGCUCCAACUCGUAUACUCUGCCCGGUGAGGUCUCCUUGCAGCAGAUUCAGAAGUACUACGAUGUUCUGAGGGAGCGCCGCACUGCUUGGCUUAGUGGAGCUAUGCCAAAAAGUCCAGCUCAUCCCAAAGCCGCCUGCAGCACUCCUUCGCCAUUGUUCAUAAAGACAUCGGUGCCCUAUCGCCAGCGCAUAACCUUUCCGCGAGUGCUGAGGACGUCCAAUCGAUUUUUGCAGUCGCUGGAGCUCUAUUCCGAUGCCGUCAUGCAGUAUGAGGACGAGCUUCUGUUGGCUACUGGCCGGAGCUUAAUUCCCGUUGACGACCUUACCUCCAAGGCGAGCGAAAAGAUGAUGGCCAUGCAGGACCUUAUCGCCUCUGGGGAGUGCAGCGAGAAAAAGCCUUGCAUUCGCGAUCUCUUGCUGGUUGAGCUGACGAAUUGGUUCAACACGCAGUUCUUCGAGUGGGUCAAUAACAUCCAGUGCCAGGUGUGUGGCAGCGAGGAGAGCAAGCUGCGCCGCACGCAGACGGAAGGAGAUGUCCGAGUCGAAGUCAACGUCUGCUGUGGCCAGGAAAGCAAGUUCUAUCGUUACAACGACAUCUCCCAGCUCCUAGUGUCGCGGAAGGGCCGAUGCGGCGAGUUCGCCAAUUGCUUUACAUUCCUGUGCCGUUGCCUGGACUACGAUGCGCGCCUGGUGCAUUCCCAUUUCGAUCAUGUGUGGACUGAGGUGUUCUCGGAGACGCAAAUGCGCUGGCUACACGUGGACCCCUCGGAUAACGUAGUGGACUCGCCGCUCAUGUAUCAGCACGGCUGGAAGCGUGGGAUUGACUAUGUGUUUGCCUAUUCCCGUGACGAUGCUCAGGAUGUGACCUGGCGCUAUACGAACAAUCACCAAGAGAUUCUGAAGCUGCGCAAGCUAUGUGAUGAAAAGGAGCUGAUUCAGACGCUCAACGCCAUUCGAGAAAAGCGGCAGCAGAGCUGCAGCGCAGAACGGAAAAAGUUCCUCAGUCAGCGAAACAUGUUUGAGGUCAUUGGUUUGACCCUUGAACGCAAACCGACCGAGAACGAGCUUAAAGGUCGGAGCUCAGGAAGCUUGUCGUGGCGGCAAUCGCGUGGCGAGCACACAUUCACCAACAUUUUUGUGUUUUCUCCCAACGAAGCUGAGCUGAAGAAAUGCCAGCUCAAUUUGCGCUACAGCUGUGCCACAGACACAUACGAACGCUACACCAAAGAUGACGGACAGAUCACUUUGCUGAAUACCUAUAAAACAUGGCAAAGUGCUCAAUUUUCCUCGAAGAAUAUUUAUCGAAAAGUAGAGCGCGAUUGGAAAAUGGCAUAUUUGGCGCGCUUGGAGGACACAGAUUGUGCGGAGAUCAUUUGGAAAUUUGAUCUCACCAAGACCAAUCUUAAGGUCAAGUCCUACAAACUAGUAUUCGAAACGAAAACAUUUGGUGAAGGAAAAAUCGACGUGUCCGUUCAAACCAACGAUGGAAAGACUUUCAUUGAGAACUCUAGUGAAUUUCAGGUCGUGGCCAAGCUGAUGGGCGGAAAGGGCGAUGUGGCGUGGCAGCACACGCAACUUUUUAGACAGAGUCUAAAUUCAAGGGAAUAUCCCUUCGAUCUUCAGGUAGAACUCCACUAGAGCCACCCAACGAAAUUCCAGUAUAAUUGUAAAUAUGAAUAUAUAUAUGUAUGCCAGCCUGGAUACAAAUAUUGACUAUAAUAACCUAUAACAUAUGUGUAUGUAUGUAUGUAUGUACGUCUGUAUGGACAAGGUACCAAGUGCCGCGUCGUUUAUAAUUAAAAUUAAAGUGAAUGCCACAGCGAACAUCAAGCAAAUUA